AUGUGGACAUCAGCAGUUGGUGGUAAUGACUCGCUUCGAGGCCAUCAUCGUUACUCGCCUCAAAAUCAUCAACUUCCGCAUCACCGUCGUCGAUGCGUAGCAUCCGAAUUGGAUUUGAACAAGUUGUGGCUCUAUGACGAGACCACAAUGGCUGCACAGACGCCAUACUAUGCCGCCGGUAGCGGUGGUGUGCCGUUGCUGUCCCAAGCACCAUAUCAAACCCCGGUUGUACCUCCGGCACAUCUGAUCUAUCAUUCACCGUCAGCAUUAUUGCCGCUGAGCAGACUCGCGAAAGUUCCACUUCCGCUAACUGGCAGCAAACAGUUUGCACAGAAGUGUGAUUUGUUGCCGUAUGAUGAUGACUUCCAAGAACAUUACGCAACGUUACCGGUAUCAUAUGUUUACGCUCCAGUUUGUGAGGUCUAUUACUUUGAUUCUUCGUGUGGUGAAAUAGAAUCGCCGACGAUGGAACAGCGAAAACCGCAAGAGCAUCAUAAAAUCCGUUGUCCAACUCCUGACUAUUCCCCAUCCGAAUCGCCAUCCAACAGAACUGCAUCGGACUCUACAUUUAGUGGUGGUGGUGCGGCGGCACUACUCACUCGAACGAGCUGUUCCUUCGAUUCUGACGUCUACGCUAGAAGUUCAACGGUAUCAGCUUCAGCGACCGGGGCGAGUGCAACAACACCAACAAUGACGAGUGAACCGGAAACAGAUUCCGGCUCCUCGGGAUAUGCUUCGUCGUCGAUCUCACAAAAAUGUGACAACUUUCCUACACUGGUAUCUUCGCCGAAUAGCGCUCGACGUCCCGCGGAGAAUGCAUCAGAAACAGCAUAUUCAACUCUGUGCUAUUGUGCUGAAUGUUCGCAACCUAACGCCUCUAGUCACUAUGAUAAUUUGCCGUUUCAAGCGAGAACAGUCAACGACCAACGACGACAACAACAACACCAGCCAUGUAAAAUUACUCCAUCUAAUCAAUCGUUGGAACAGUCCUGUUCUCCCACAAAUUACCUUUACCCCUCUCAGUGUUGUCAAAUUUCAAAGUCUUCAGUAAAAGCUGUUUCCUUUUGCGAUCCACCAGUCUCGAUUUCGGCUGAUUCCUACUCUUCUGCUGCCUUGCCAUCAAUGCGUUGGUCUGUUGCAACGUUCGAUACACUCCGGCGACGAACACAACGAAUGCUAAAGAAACCAGCUGCGAAACUGCGAUCAAUAUCGCAACGAAUCGAUCAUAAGUCGUUAAUGAAGGAUCGUUUACCUGAGUUGCAACAACGCCUCAAAGCUGGUAUUGAAACACUUCGGGCAAUACCCUCACGUGAAAUAUUCACUUAUCAUCAUGAGCUUAGCGCGCCAAGAAAAACUUCAACUACAUAUUCACACCACGAGCAGCUGAACAAUUCACUGCAACAAAUAGCUCAUUCACAUCUUGCUCGAACACUAUCAAAUGAUACGGAAUUGAUUAGUGCUGCUGUAGCAGCUGAAAAUGAAACAUCAGCAGCAGCGAACUCUAACUCGAUUUCAUACUGGUCUAGUGCAAUUGAAAGCAGCAGACAACCACUAUAUCACUCGUUUUCCCAACCAGACAUAUCAUUUCGAGCAGCCGAAAUGGUUCGUGAUGCCGGUAAUAGUAGUGAUCAACUGGCUUCAAUGAUGAGGUCGGCAAACGUUCGGCAAAGACCCCCACUCCCGCCGAAUCCUCCGUCACGCGAUCGUUUGCUAAGGUAUUCGAAUGUACCGGCGAAUCGUCGAAGUCUCGCAGUAGAUUCACUGAGUUCUGUUCAGUCUUCGCUGCCGUAUAACACUCAUCACGAAUCUUUAUCAACAUUGCGUUCAUUCUCCCAAUCGUUACCGUCAGAAUCAUCUUCGUCAUCAAGAUAUGUAACAGCAUCCACACCACCAACGACAACGUCAGAGUCAAAAGUUGAAUCAGAAGGUGGUUGA